AUGAUACUGAUGAUGAUGAUGAUGAUGAUGAAUGAAAGUAUACAUGUGGAGUGCUUUUUAUGUAUAUGUAUAUUCAUGUGAAAUCUUUCAUAAAUAAAAUAAAUAUAUAAAAAAUUUUUUUUUAAAGUAAAUGUCAACUGCUGUGAGACACUCACAUGUCACAAGUUCACCAGACAUUUACUGGACUAGGUGAAGUAUGAAGAGGGCAGUAAUAAUUAGGGCCUGUUAUUGAUCUGUGUGUUUAAUUAGAGGACUCUUAAUCGUCAGUAUAUCACAGCUACCACGGAGGUCCUAUACCCAAUACCUUUCAUAACAAAAACUCUGUGAUGUCUGAAGUCAAUACAUUUGUAUCAGAUGAUAUCAAACGUAAGCCAACUGAUAAUUAGCUUACUAGCAUUACACUGGCGGUUCGUUAACACCGAUUAGCAACUCCAGUGUUAUUGUGCUGGUCAAGGCACACAAAAUUGCGAUCAAUAUCACAAUCAUUAUCCAAACUCUCUAAUAAUCUUUCAUGAUAACUGGGGGUCUAGCUAGGCUAACUCACAUGAAGCAGUGAGAAUUUCACCUCUAAUCUAACAAGGAUUGACAGAUGAAAUUGAUUCUGAUUUAAAAAAUAAUUUUUAAAUCUAAUCAUGGACAAGACACAGUGAUAUAUAUAGAAAAUAGUGCUAUUGUAGGUUUUCAGACUUGGGUAAUUGUAGAUGUAAUCCACUAAAUUUGCUUCUAUAUACAUUUGAGGAAGCAUAAAUUGUAAAGGACCCUAUAGGUAUUGUUCCCCUGGAUUAUACUUACUUACAUAAGUGUGACAAAUUAGAAACAUUGUCACCUAACAAUGGCAGUAAUAAACAUCAGGACUACCACAGCAAGCUGACACAUGACCAAUAAAGGUGAGUACCCAAGCUUGCACAACAAAACCACGUAAUUUCAUUAACAAGCCGUGCCCUUGAAACAGCUUAAGUAAUACGAGACUGUAUCGGGACUAACAGUGAGAAAUGAGCUUGAAGUUACAAGGAAUCCAGGAGGUUAGGAAACUUGAAACGACAUUCUUUAAAAAGUUUCCAGUUCAGAAAGAUAUGCAUAUGCAGGAUAAAGAGUGCAGAUUUGGUGACACUUAUCUCUACAGAAGACAAUCGACAUUGCAGAAUGGACGACAGUAUGCUUCAUUUAAUUGAUAACAUCUUUGUCAAUGAUAACAGGCAGCAACUUAUCCUAUUCCGAUGUGAAAAGAUCCUUAGCGCUUAUAUAUGUCUUUCCUGUGAAGAGCAUAGUUAAGUAGAGUGUAUCCCGUAAGUCACAGAUACUAAGUACAUCAAACAACACUGAAACCAGGGCCAGUUUUUUAAAUCCUUCAAAAGGCAUAAACUUUCAGGGUUCAGGGCAGUUUAUGAGGUGAUCUAGACUAGAGUGUUGAUAGUUGUAGGGACACAGAGUCCUGGUUAAUUCACCAUGGCCGAGGCCAACAACACGGUCGGUGAAAUAGUAGAGCUCCGUACCACUGUAGAAAUUGUGUUUUGUGCGAUAUGUCUUUCGAUGCUAAUCAUAACUUCAGUGUUUGGAAAUAUUGCCGUAAUAGUGGCCAUCACUGUCAACAGACACUUACGAGAGGAGCAGGCCAGUUUUCUUAUCGUAAACCUCGCGGUGACAGACUUGAUCAAUGGCCUAACUGUUAUGGUCAGUUCGUUCUGCUCCAUGGUAACUGACCGCUGGGUCUUUGGGCAUGCCAUGUGCUCGACUGUAUGUGCUAUAAACUACUGCCUGAUCAUUACCUCAAUGCUCACCCUGUGUUUCAUAAGUUUUGACCGUUACCAUGCAAUCCUCCACCCGAUGAAAUAUCCCAUGUGGAUUAGCAGGAACAAGGUGGGCAUGGCCAUAGCAUACUCGUGGCUCCAGGGAGUGGUAUUUUCUGUGGUACCAGUAAUACUACAGUGGAUACAGUACGACUAUUGGGAGGCUGUGUGCGCCAUACAAUGGCAACAGGAGAAAACACAGGCGAUUUACUACGUCAUCACAGCGUUCUUACUCUGCUUCUUCCUACCCGGACUAGCCCUGGUGGUCAACUAUUUCCUUGUGGUUCGAGAGGUGAGGAGGGCUUCAAGGUCAUUACGACCUUUCAGCGAUUUGACAGAAUCUAGGAAAUCUAAGUACAGUCAGAGUAGUAAGGUUAUCUACAGCCUCCUUGUGGUCGUCUUGGCUUACUUUGUGUGUAUGACCCCGUUCAGUGUCACCAAACUUAUCAAGGUCAUUGUCACGGAUACCAGUUUUGUACCAGGACGUAUUAAUACCCUAGCUAGUCUUGUCGGAUAUUUCUCGAGUGCUGUGAACCCUUUAGUGUAUGGACUACUGCGUAAGGAUUUCAAAUCAGCAUACAAACUCAUCUUCAAGAAGAUCCUGAACCCUACCUUGACAAUCACAAGUCAAAAUGAAACGACAGACUAGAUUCGUAUGAAGUGUUGUAUCUCAGCUAACUCUUUCUACAACAUUAUUGACUGAAGUUGAUGAAGAAAUGUGCUUCUUCUUCCCCAUUAUUGACUAGAGUCAACACAUCAUUCUGAUAUUAUUUAAAGUGUACCCAGAACGAUUUGCUAUAUUAAGCUUUAGUUUUAGAGUAAUUGCGAUUUUUCUCGAAAACACACCUGAAGCCCAAAACUUUUUGAGUAAUAUUUGUGAAUAAGUUAAUAACAAGUGCUACCGAAACCAGGGACAUAUAAUUUUCAAUUAAAACGGGUCGUAUAUAACAUGUUACAUCUUACUACUUUUCUAUUAAAACGGGCCGUAUACAAUAUGUAUCAUCUUACUAAUAUUCUAUUACAACGGGCCAAAUAAAACGAGUAUCAUCUUACUAAUUUUCAAUUAUAACAGGUCGUAUAUAAGAUGUAAAAUUUGAAUAAUUUUCUAUUUUAACGGGUCGUAUAUAACAUGUAUAACAUUUGAAUAAUGUUCUAUUAUAACGGGCCGUUUAUAACAUGUAACGACUAGCAUCAUAUCCUUUAUUAUUAGGGUAUGGUUUGUUCCAUACCAAUAUUGAUUUCGGUUAUAAUACUUCUAGCAAUAGAAGUUUAAAAUGCAAUUCAUACACGAUGUAAAGUAAAUGCUGAAGAAUUUGAAUUCUUACUAGCCAAAAACAGCAAUGGAUACGUUGCAAAUCCACUUAAAGAUACCGCUGUUUGUGAUUUUCGGAUAAUUGACCGAAAUUGAUAAAACUUGUCCAUGAAAGAUUAGUUACCCAGACAAGAUUCAUAGAGUAAAUUUUCAACAUUGUGGGUAUAUGAAUGAGCCAACUGAAGUUAAUUAUUCUAUAGGCAAACCUUUGCGAUACGAAUUUGGUUUGUUUGUAGGGAAAACGAAACUCGCUGAUUUGAUUUUAACAAAAUAUGUAUUCCCUAUAGUAUAAACGCAAUUCUUAAC